AUGUCAAAUUUAACGCAAGAGGGUUCGAUUGAAAUGUCGUGUGAUUUGAGUUAUGAUAACACUUGGGAAAUUGACAAAUGCUUAUUCCAACUUACUUAUCUAUUUCCUGGAAUUGCGAUUCAUUUUGUGAUUUUGAAAACGAUUUUAUGGAAAUAUUGGAAGGUUUAUCGGAACAAUUCGUUUUUUAUGAUCUAUGCGUUGGAUUCGAUUAUGGUAAGGGAUAGGACCUAUAAAUCAUACUGUAUUAAAAUUUUGUGAUGAAAAUGGGACAACAGGUCCAAUUUGAAUCCUUUCCAGAACUUUAUAAUGUUAACACUGGCUGCUUUCUUGGGUAGACCAAUGAUAUUUAUUCCCGCACUUUGCCCAAUUUUCUCCCCAUAUUUUUUUGAGCCCUCAAUAUUUCUAAAGUCCCUAUACAUUAUUCCAAAUUAUUUUCGAGCUGCAAGUUCAGUCAAUCAAAUAAUGAUGAGUAUAAAUCGUAUGACUUGUGUGAUUUAUCCAAUGUCUUAUAUCACAAUUUGGAAGAAGUAUCUGAAAAUUGCGAUAAUUAUCACACUUCUCAGCCCAUUUUUAAUUAUCUGGAACAUAUUUCUAUCACGAGUUUAUAUAAGUCCAACACGUGGCGGGUUUUCACCGAAUUAUUUGAAAUAUGUGAAAUGGGCGAGUAUAUCACUACUUCAAUUCUCGUUUUUAUUCUUGGCAAUUGUUAUUACAGUAGUUAGCACUGUUGUAACUCUGGUUUAUCUAUUUGCACUUCCAAUGCGCCUCAAAUCUGCUGAACGAACUUUAUGCUUUGCAAAUAUCACAAUUUCUAUUGCUUUUUUGAUUGUUGCAAGUUUUCAAAGUUUAUUCGCAUUUUUCACAGUCUUCGAUGUUGCGACUCUAUACAUUUUACAGUUUUUUGGCUAUGAUUUUCUGAAUAUCAGGUUUGAAUAUCUUGGGGUAAAGAUUAUUAAAAGGAUUCAGCUCUCCAAUCGUGAUAAUUCUGAUUAAUCCUCAACUCCGCGAGCAUAUUUUCGGAAAGAAGAAAUCUGUACAAACUAUUCAAGUUUCCACUUCUCAAAGUACUAGUAUGCUUUAG